AUGUCUCAGCCAAACCAGAAAAAUAAUAAUUUUAAAGACACGAAGAUCUUCGUUGGAGGUUUAACCUGGAGAACAACAACAGAUGAUUUAAAAAACUUUUUCCAAGUAAGGUUUGGAGAGGUUAUUGAUGCUAAUGUUGUCAGCGAGGGUCUCCCAGGAGGAAAGUUAAGAUCAAAAGGCUAUGGCUUUGUUGUUUUUAGGAAUGCUGAAUCUGCCAAUACAGUUUGUCAACUACCGGGGCCGGUUAUUGAUGGAAGAAAAACCAAUGUCAACAUGGCUUACAUUGGUGCGAAGAAUAACACGAACCUGUCUAACCAAAACGGUUUACUAAAUCAGGCUGGACCAUCGCAUCAAUAUCAAAACGGUUUAUUUAAUCAGGCGGCAUCGCAUCAAUAUCAGCUAGCUUCUCACAAUCCAAACCAACAUGUUCCUCAGCCCUACUGGGCUCCAUAUUAUGGACAUCAUCCUUACAUGUACAACGUUCCAUGCUAUUCUUACCCCACCGCCAUGGUAUCUGUGCAGAUGCAUCAGUAUGUUUUAGCAUAUAGGAUGCAACGGAACUGGGAACGGCUGAUUAAUCAACCAAGUGUCAAAGUUUCUGCCCCUCCUAAUGCACCAAUAGUUGAGAACAAUGAAGAUGAGGCAGAUACAGAAACAGACAGUGAUCAAGAAGGAGAUAUCAAUGGUGAAGACAAUGACAUCAAUCAAGAUGUAAAUGAUCAAGAGUUAGGAAUAAAUGAAGAAGAUGCAGAUACAGAAGCAGACAGUGAUCAAGAAGGAGAGAUCAGUGCUGGGGAAGACAAUGACAUCGAGCAAGAUGUAAAUGAUCAAGAGUUAGAGAUCAAUGAGGAAGAUGCAGAUGCAGAUACAGAAGCAGAAAGUGAUGAAGGAGAGAUCAGUGCUGGAGAAGACAAUGACAUCAAUCAAGCUGUAAAUGAUCAAGACUUAGAGAUCAUGAAUGGACAAGAAGAUGACACCAAGCAAGAAGUAGAUGUAACAAAACAGCUUGCUAAUGGAGUUGAGGUUACACUUCAAUGUGAGAUCGUCUGUGAAGAAGAAGCUGAAAAUACACCCCAAGAAAACGGGAAUGGUCAUGAAGAAAAUGGAGAGCAAGAAGAAGGAGAAAAAAAAGAAUACAUUAAGGAGCGAGUAAGAGAAGCGAUAUAAAUAGUUUAAGUCUGCUCGAUCGUAUUUGGAACUAUGAUCAAACUUAAUUAUCUUAUCUAAGCUUAUAUUAAUUUACUUAAUUUAGGACUAACCACUUGUCUUUACAUUUACCGCUUUGUGAAACUUAUAACAAUCUGUUUGUUGGAGCUAGCGAAUUCUAUAUCAUGUGAUCUGUUUGUUGAAGCGUUGAGCUAUCUAGUUUUUAAUAACUUAACUAACUAAUGUUCAAAAAAAAAAGAAAAAAAAACUUAACUAACCGAUGCGACAUUUU